AUGUCGUUGCCGUGGUUCAUAAGGCCACUGCAUCAAGGUAUCAAUGCGGAUGACCUGGACUUCUUACUAUCGAAAGGGGCAUUAUCCCUCCCGAGCCAAGCUCUUCAGUUGGCCCUUGUACGCGCAUACGUGGACAACAUUUACCCGCAUAUCCCGGUUAUUGACCUUUCUCACUUUCUGGAAUGCAUCACAGCAACUGAUCACGUUGCACCCCGAGUCAGUUUGCUUCUCUACCAGGCCAUUCUUGCGGCUGGAACAGCCUGUGUAAGGAUCGAAGAUCUUAAAGAAGAGGGGUUUCAAACAAGAAAGAGUGCUCGCAAGUCUUUCUUGGAGAAAGUGAGGCUACUCUAUGACUUCAACUGCGAACUCGAUCAGCAAAUCGGCGUACAAGUCUUGCUGCUCAUGUCACUGGCUUAUGAAGAGCCAGGCGGUCGCCGAAGCAGCUUUUAUUGGCUCGACGCAGCCAUCUCCCAGGCUUUCGCCAGCAAACUUCAUUACGACCCGAAUACGCUCGGAUUAGCGCUGCCUAUACGGACCUUGCGAAUCCGCCGACGCCUAUGGUGGUGCUGUUAUAAUCUCGACCGUCUAGUCAGCUUGGGAACAGGCCGAACCAGGAUGAUAUCAGAGGACGAUUUCAAUGUUUCAAUGCCGGAUAUUUCCGAUUUUGAACCAUUCCGGCAUGUGGGCAGUGAUGCUACGGCUCACAGUACAGUAUGUUCUUGUAACGGGAGUGAUCAAGGAUAUUUGGACUUGGCUCUGUUAUUCGUUGAGCAAACCCGUUUCUGUAGGCUCAUAUAUGGAAAUGAAUGCUUAUCCCGCAGCUCGCCAUACACCUGGCAAGGCAGAGAUUGGCCCAUUGGGGGAUCAUCCACUGCUAAUUGGCCAUUCCGACGGCUUGAACAUCAUCUCUCUGAAUGGUACAGUGCCUUACCAUUGAGAGCACGAUACCGUCCUAUAAUUCAAGAUGAUUUGGGAAGAAAGGGAAAUGCAGCAGUAGCAGUCAAUCGUUCAUUUCUACACCUGGCGUUCAACACGGCGUUGCUCGACGCGUACCAAUCGCGGCUUCGACUGUCACCAAAGCAGGACAUCGGAACAUCAUAUGAGACGGAAGCUUGUGAGGUGUUGAUGAAUCAUGCUGCAGGGCGUAUUUCACACAUCAUGGGGAAUAUUGAAGCCAACUGUCUGGAGCUUUGUCUCCAUCCCGGAGCGAUGCAUUUCGCAAUAUCUGCUUCCGAAGUCCACCUCGAGCGGCUACAUAAACUUGAUAUAGUAGCUCAGGCCAAGCACAAUCAGUGUGCGCGCGUCAUUGAACUGAUGCAGGAGGCCUACUUUGUUCCGAGUCAGUCACGACACAUUCGGCCAUCUCCUUCAUCUCCUAGCGCCAGUCAUUGCAGCCAAGUUGAGAGAGAAGGAUAUUUAGAGAAGACUGGUAGACUCCCAGAAUCUAUCCCUGAACAUAUCUCCUGGGGGUUCAAUAUCCGUCAGUCGACAACAUCACAAGCUGCAUCUACGUGUCAUACGGCCGACGUUGAGGGAUUCUCCCCUGAGCGACAAAUUACUGAGGGGUGGAUGGCUGGCCCGCUUGAUGCAUUUCAAAAUUUUGAAAACUCGAUUUAG